AUGAGUUUCUUUAAUCAGUCUCGAAAGCUCCCUUCACCGACAACAUCUAAAGAUCCUAGUCCUAAGGGAAGUCCAAAAGGCAGCCCUAUGAUUGCUACAAGAAAGAACCCGCGGGAAAGUUCUCAAAUACCCGUCAGGAAGAACUCGGGAUCCUCGAAACCUGCUCCUUUGCUAAGAAGCAGAUCGCGGGAAUUCAUGGACGCCGUGAAGAAAUUUGAGGGCGGAAAGCUUCCUGAAAAACUUUUGAAAACGGUAGACGAGGAAAAGAGGGCAGUAGAAAAUCAGCUGGCAGCUUGCGAGAACGAUUUAAUAGAGAUUAGAAAGUUCAUAGACAAAACAAAAGAAGAUUUUAAAGGAAUGCGGAGUCAAACAAAGAAGCUGCGAAGCAACCUUAGCGAGCUUCACAAUCUACACAGCUGA